CUCAAGCUCUCUGGGGACUUGAUUUUCAGCUUCAUUCCUUGUUUUAUUUUAUUUUUCUGGCGCUAUUUAUGAAGUCUUUUGAAAUCCCUAGGUGAUUGCUGACUCUCUACGUCUCUCCUUCGACUAAUCGACUAAGGAACAGGCAACACUUGUCUCUCUCUCGCUCACUCACACAUCCAAGUCCUCCUACUUUUUCACUCAUGUUCCGUUCCUCAUUGAGGGUCAAGGUCUGCCCUCUUUGAUCGCGACCAUCGAACUCAUUAUAUCUCAUCGAAUCUUAUUACAGUACAACAAAUAGCCCCCCUCCGGGUUUUCUGGCUCGAACCCUUCCCUUUGCCCUGCACGACCGCAUUUUACCCACUCUACCCACUCGCAGAUCGCCUUGCUCCAGACCACCACGGUUAUCCUAUCAGUCCACCUCUUGUACCUCCAAAAAUGCCCGCGGACUAUACAUCAACUGCCCGGGCUCUCUCCCUCUCAAGUUCUCCAUCAAGAUCGCCGUCCCCGUUAGAGGAUAAUUCGCGUCCACCAUGGAGCCAAACAGCGAACAGCAAUCGGAAUUCUACCGUCUUCCCGAACCAGAGGUCCCCUACCAUGGCCGGCCAGAUAAGGACCCGAGUAACAGAAAUAUCUCAACGCAUAACCGCCGCAUGGCAGAGAAUGACUCUUUGGCAAAGAGUUGGAGCCGUGCUCGCUGCCAUCCUCGCUAAUCUCUUGGGAUUUGGCUUUCUGUUCCUUACCGGGAAGGUGUUCAUCUGGCUCGGCCCAGUUGCAGAAGAAUGGGAGCAGUCGAAGCUGGUAUUUUUGAUUUUGUGGCUGGCCGUGUUCUUCGUAUCAUUCCCUCCGCUAGUCGGCUGGUCUACCUUUGGCACGAUUUCGGGCUACCUGUUCGGAGUAUGGAAAGGGUGGCUUCUCUAUGCGAGUGCAACCAUCUUGGGGUCGACCUGCUCCUUCAUUGCUUCCCGAACCGUCCUCUCGAAGUUUGUGCAUCGACUCAUGGAGCGCGACAAGCGGUUCGCUGCUCUCUCCCUAACGCUCAAGUAUGACGGGCUUAAACUGUUGUGCAUGAUUCGCCUGUGCCCACUGCCUUACUCCAUCUGCAAUGGAGCAGUGUCGACUUUCCCUACGGUCCAGCCGUUGACCUACGGGCUGGCUACCGCCAUAAUAUCCCCCAAAUUGCUUGUUCCAGCCUUUAUUGGCAACAGACUCCGAGUGCUUUACGAAAAGAAUGAGGAGAUGAGCGUGGGCUCAAAGCUUGUAAAUAUCUUUAGCAUCAUCAUCUCCAUCGCCAUCGGUAUCUUUACCGGGUUGUAUAUAUACAAAAGAACCCUGGCGCGCGCCAAAGAAUUAGAGGCGAGGGAGAGGGCUGAUAUCCGGAAUUCCCUCCAAGCCGACCACGCCGCUCACCGUCCCCACCAACCCUUUUCGGAGGAUCCAGAUGUCAAUGCUGCAGCGACAACCUUGGCACGCGAUGAGGAGGAGCGCAUUGGAUUCAAUGAUUUUGACGACGAUACUGUCGAUUUAGUGAUUGAUGAUGACGAAGAAGAAGAAGAAGAAGAAGAAGAAGAAGAAGAAGAAGAAGAAAGCCCCAGUGAUCGCACCCCCUCACGGAAAAAGUCCCAAUAUCGGGAUGAGUUCACGGACAAUGAGUCGGAUGUCUUUCGGGAUGGCGAUGGAACGGAUGGGGAGACAUACACUCUGCAUACGCAUGUACGGAGGGGGGAGUAAUGGCCCUAAGACUUGAUAUCCAGUGUUUUAUGUAGCUAGACGAUUGGAGUCUUCCGUAAGUAUUUAUGUACAUCCAUCUAAAGUAUAUAAUAAUAACAUGCGUG